GCCGGACUCCCAACUCUCAGCACCGGUUCAGUCAAACCAGUAGCAACCAUGGCGGACGAUGGCAUGCUUCUCAAUUUUGAGAUUGGCGACGCGCCAUUGAAGAACCAGGUAAAGUUCAAGGGCGGCCGCUGGCGCGACCGGCUCAAGGCGCAGAGGAAUGCCAAACAAUGGCAAGGGAACGGCCCCUCGUCGACCCCGCCAAGACGCAACCCGAUCACUGCCGACCACGAGGCGAGCAGACCGGCGAAGCGACCGAGGACUGAGGAUGGAGACUCCCACAGACACGCCAAGGUCCCCAGAACAGCCGAUGCUGGCCCGAAGGCGCCCAGCCACGCGAUAAAGACGGGACACGUCUCAUCGAGUCUCUUCACAUCGAACCCGUCAGCCGUCACCGAUUUCGACCGAGCCCCGGCCGAGGAGGUCGAGCCGCCGAAACCGUCCAACGCGCCGCUGUCCGAGGAGGCCGAGAACUUUCGCUCACUAGGCGUCUCGAGGCGCAUCGCUCAACACUUGGCCAACAAGCUCGAGAUGAAGGCUCCGACGGCCAUCCAGAAGAACGCAGUACCGCAGCUCAUCAAUGGAGACAGUGAUGCUUUUGUUCAAGCCGAAACCGGUUCGGGAAAAACAUUAGCCUACCUCCUCCCAAUCGUCCAUCGGAUCAUGGCGCUGAGCUUGAACGAAGACGGCACUCCGAAAGAGACGAAGGUGCACCGGAACUCAGGGCUCUUCGCCAUCAUCCUGGCCCCCACUCGAGAAUUGUGCAAGCAGAUCUCCGUAGUCCUGGAGAAGGUGCUGCGGUGUGCCCCUUGGCUGGUGUGCACCACUGUUAUUGGUGGUGAGAGCAAAAAGUCGGAAAAGGCAAGGAUACGGAAGGGCGUCAACAUCUUGAUAGCUACACCCGGUCGCCUGGCAGACCACCUCGACAACACAAAGGUGCUUAACGUUGGCACGGUCCGGUGGCUGGUGCUGGAUGAAGGGGACCGAAUGAUGGAGAUGGGCUUCGAGGAUGACAUCAGGACCAUUGUCAGCAAGAUUCGAGCGGGUAAGCUGCUCAAGGAGAACCCCGAGGGGGUCGUGUUAGACGGCAUCCUUCCGUCCAGGAGGGUCACCAUCCUCUGUUCGGCAACCAUGAAAAUGAACGUCCAGAGACUGGGCGAGAUCAGUCUGGAGGAUGCCGUGCACAUCAUGGCCUCAAAAUCCGAGAUGACCAGAGAUGCCGAAGCCGGUACCGAGGCGGUAUUCGCUGCCCCCUCGCAGCUCAAGCAGUCAUGCAUCAUCGUGCCAGCCAAACUGCGUCUCGUGACGUUGAUUUCCCUGCUGAAGUCGACCUUCGCAAGGAAAGGGUCCGUCAUGAAGGCCAUCAUCUUCAUCUCGUGCGCCGACUCGGUCGAUUUCCACUUCGACCUACUCAAGGACACGAAAGCGCUUGAGCCUCCGACCCCCCAUUCCUCGCCCAGCAAAGCGGACCGUAAUCCGAAUACGGACGCGACCGUAGCCCCGGCCGCGUACAUCACAUCGCCGGCAAACAAGAAGGUGAUGCUUCACAAACUCCACGGCUCGCUAGCACAGCCGGUACGCUCGGCAACGCUCAACGCCUUCUCCAGGUGCAAGGACCCGGCGGUCCUGAUCACCACGGAUAUAUCGUCACGCGGUCUCGACGUCCCAUCCGUCGACCUGGUCAUCGAAUACGACCCCGCCUUCGCCGUGCCGGACCACGUCCAUCGGAUAGGCCGUACCGCCCGUGCCGGCCGUCCCGGCAAGGCUGUCCUGUUUCUCCUACCGGGGUGCGAAGAAGGCUACACCUCCAUCCUCCCCGCGGCGACCCCCAUCGUCCCCCAACUCUACGAGUCCAUUCUGCAAAAGGGCCUCAUCACAGCCGUCAACCUCCCUUCAACCUACACCACGACGGAGACAGGGAAGCAAACGUGGACCUCGAGGGCCGAAGCCCUCCAGCUGCAUCUCGAGCAGCGGCUACUCGCCAAACCGGACGACGCAACCGACGAAGACGAGGACGGCAAGGCCAAGGCCAAGGCCAAGGCCAAGCAGCGGUCCAAACCGAGGGACAACCCGCUCCUCGAGUCGGCCCGGCAGGCGUUCCGGUCGCACAUCCGGGCGUACGCCACGCACGUGCGCGAGGAGCGCGUCUACUUUGACAUCACGCAGCUGCACCUGGGCCACAUGGCCAAGGCGUUCGCGCUGCGCGAGACGCCCGGCGGCAUCGGAGGGGGCGUGGCCCGGCGGGCGCAAAAGGCGGCAUCUGGCGGCGACAAGAAGGCCAAGGUCUCGAGCAGCGGAAAGGUUACUAUCAAGAAGAGUGAUGGCGGUGGUGGUGGUGGUGGUGACGACUACGACGACGACGACGACGACGACGGAGACCGCAUCGGGGCGGUGGAUGAGGAUGCGGCCAGGAGAAUGAGGGAGAAGAUGAAGAUGGUGAUGAAUGCUUCGAGCGAGUUCAACAUUGGGUGAGCGGAGGGCGGGGAAGGUUCUUAGGCUGGGUAGUAGUGUUGUUCGUUAGGUAUAUUAUACCCCCUGGGAGAGAUGGUUCAUACGGAAAGGAAAGGCAUGUCUUGGAAAUCGUCGGUAUUGAGCAGAAGCCUCUUGGCUGUACUGCUUUUGAUUUUGUGAGAUGUGUGAGAACUGCGGGGAAUCUGCUGUCCGAUUCGUUUCCCUCUUUUCUGAAUGAAGGUGCCUUCUUUUGUGUAUGUGGGCCUCGAUGGUACUUACAUACGUCUCGGUUAAUUAACAAAACGUAUGGAUGUCUAACUGCGCUUGUAGCCAUUUAAAGACGUGUGGAAAAGGGUCGUAAAGGGGAAUAAAAGGAAAGUGUGG